AUGGGGAAUUCGCAGAGCGGCCCGCAGUUUGUCUACAACGUGCCCGUAGAAGAUCCUGCUCCCAAAGGGAAGCGGACUUCCGUAUACCGUUCGUUUUUCCGCCCCGAGUCCCUUCUCCACAACUUCACAGACAAGAAAUGCCGCAACAUGUGGGAUGUGUUUCAGCGCGGCGUCGCCGCUGCGCCCGACGGCCCCUGUCUGGGCACUCGCGUGCGGAAUGCGGACGGUUCUUUGGGCGCUUACCAGUGGAAGACUUACCGCGAGGUUGAGCAACUCGCGCUGCAGGUCGGGAGCGGCCUCCUCAGCAUCCCCGACGCCGUGUCGAAGCUCCAUUUCGACGACGAGAUUUUUCAGAAGGAUCUCCGCUUCCUCGCCUUCUACAGCAAAAACCGCGAAGAAUGGGUCAUCUGCGAAGAAGCCUGCAACGCGUACGGCAUCACGAUCGUGCCGCUCUACGACACCCUGGGGCCUGAAAGCACAGCGUAUAUCCUGUCGCAGACGCGCCUGCAGUCGGUUGUCGCUUCCCAGGAGUGCGCGGCGCGCCUGCUGGACGCCCUCGAGGCGGUGCGCCAGGCACACGCAGCCGCAGCUACAGACGCGAAUGAAGAGGGAGAGAAGAAGGCAGAGGUGAAUGAAGAGGGAGAGAAGAAGGCAGACGCAGCAGCAGAUGUUGAGAAGAAGCCAGGGGCGGAAGGAAAUGGAGAGAAGAAGACAGACGCGAAUGAAAAGGGAGAGAAGAAGACAGAGAAGGAGGGAGAGCAAGUGUUUGUCAAGUAUCUUUUCCUCAUGGACGACCCAGGCGCGCCGGCAAAGGCCCUGGUGGAACGCGCAGAAAAGCUCGGCCUCCAGGUUUUCACAUGGCAGCAGCUUCUGCAGAAGGGCAAAGAGAAUCCAGUGCCGCUCACAGACGACGUUGUCUCGAAUCUCUCGACAGUCAGCACAGUCUGCUACACCUCGGGAACCACGGGCCAGCCAAAGGGUGUGAUCAUGUCGCACGCGAAUUUCGUCGCGACCGUUGCGGGCGCCAUUGAAGGCCCGAUCACGACCCCUGGGCUCGAAGUGCGGACGGGCGACGCGUAUCUCUCGUAUCUGCCCUUGGCGCACAUUUACGAGCGCUCGCUGCAAAACAUUAUGUUUUCAGUUGGCGGCUGCGUAGGGUUUUAUGCAGGGGACACUCUCAAGCUCCUCGACGACAUUCAAACGCUCGAGCCGGCGGUCUUCAGCAGCGUGCCGCGUCUGUUUAACCGCAUCCACGACCGCGUCUGCGACAGCGUGCGCGACAAGUCAGCUUUGGCGCAGGCGCUCUUUAACCAAGGCCUCGCGACGAAAAUCAAGAAAAUUCAAACGACGGGCUCGCCCGUCCACGCCACGUGGGACAAGAUAGUCUUCAACAAAACCAAGGCCAUGUUCGGCUCGAAGCUGCGCUACAUGCUUGUGGGAUCCGCGCCGCUCGACGACUCGGUUCACGAGAAGAUUGAAGCUCUCUUCAGCGUCCCCCUUGUGGAGGGCUACGGGAUGACGGAGACGAUGGCGGCCUCGUUCAUUUCGUGGGCGGGCGAAAACACCUGCGGGCACAUUGGCGGCUGCUGCCCGUGCGUGGAGUUCUGCCUGUUUGAUAUCAGCGACGAGAUGCCGCAGCAUCGCCUGGACGAUCCCCACUUCCCUGCCGGCGAGCUCUGCCUGCGCGGCCCCACAAUCACUCCGGGCUACUUCCGCAACCGCGAGGAGACGCUCAAGGCGAUCGACGAGGACGGCUGGCUCCACUCCGGCGACGUCGCCGUUGUCGUGCCCCAUACGAACACCGUCAGGAUCAUCGACCGCAAGAAAAACAUUUUCAAACUCUCGCAGGGAGAAUACGUCUCGCCCGAGAAAAUUGAGAACGUAUAUAUCCAGGCGCCCCUUGUCUCACAAGCCUUCGUCACAGGCUUUUCCACUCAGUCAUACCUCGUGGCGAUCAUCGUGCCCGACGCUGACAAGGCGAAGAAGUGGCAGAGACAGCGCGGCCAGGAGCCGACGGAGUUGGCAACUCUGUGCGCCUCACCAGAGUUUCACAAGGCUGUAGCGGAGAGCAUGAUGAAUGUCGCGAAGGAGCACAAGCUGAAGGGCUUCGAGAUCGUGAAAAAAUUCCGCCUCGUCGCAGAGCCAUUCUCCAUCGAAAACGAUCUCUUGACCCCCACCAUGAAAAUCAAACGCUUUCUCGCCAAAGAGCGCUUCGCGAAGGAGAUCACCGCCCUAUAUUCGGAGAUGGGCGCUGAGUCAAAGAAAGCAAUCUGA